GCCGACCCUCGGCAGGGCCUCGCGUGGGUGCACUUCAAGGUGCGCUGCAUCUUCCAGCUGCUCGGCGCCGCGCUGCUCCUCUUUCCCGCGCUGCGCGUGCUCGGCCCCGACCCGGCCUUUGCGCAAAACGUCAACGCGGCGCCGAUGCUCGUGCUGGGCGCUUGCGCACUCGCUUCGCCGCUGUACGCGGGUCCCGCGGCGCGCGGCGCCGUGCUCUCCUGGCUGGGCAGACUCGGCACCACGGCGGCGGAGCGCGAGGCGGCCGUCGUCUCGACGCUCUGCGGCCUCGGCAGACAGUCAGACGGGUCGCUGCUGCGCAAGGCUGGCUUGUCCUUUCGCGUCAUCUCGUUCGACCGCCUGAGGUCCGACGACUUCGUCCCGGGCGGCGGAGGCGGGGACGCGGACAAGCGGGCGGAGAAGGCUGCUCUCGGAGACUGCGACGCGUUUGUGUCGCACGCGUGGCUCGACAACGCCGCCGCCAAGUGGCAGGCGCUCGAGCGUUGGGCUAAGGCCUUCCAGCAAGAGCGAGGCCGCCCGCCGACCUUGUGGGUCGACGUCGUGUCGAUCGACCAGUCGGCCGUCGCCGAGUCGCUCGCGUGCCUGCCGAUCUUCCUCGCCGGCUGCGAGAGCCUGCUGGUCCUCGGGGGGCCUGUGUACACGUCCCGGCUGUGGUGCAUCAUGGAGAUCUUCACCUUUCUGAGCAUCACCACCGACCUCAGCCGCGUGACCAUCGUCCCGCUCAAGGGGGGCGGCCGUCGCUCGGCGGCGGAGCUCGACACUCUGAGCGCAUUCUCUCGCUUCUCGGUGGAGCAGGCAACGUGCACGCUCGACACCGACCGAGAGAACAUCCUCUCAGUCAUCCAGUCGUCGUACGGGACGUACGACGACUUCGACCGUGCGGUGCGCGGGCUCUUUGCAGAACGCCUCGACCCGAACGCAGCGCCGUCGAGGUCGGCGAGCAGCUAUCGGGCGCCGUCGGGGGCGGAUGCGUCGCGGAGAACAGCGAGCGAACUGGGGUGGCCGAUGGUGUAGGCCUAGGCGUGCCCCAGCGCGUGUGUGCCUGGACGAGGUCUGUGUUAGUAUAUUGUGCGUUGUUUCAAAGUAAAAACUGCCAGUGGCCAGUGC